UUUUCUCAUCUCUUUGACCGAAAAGAUCUAGUAUACUCCGAUUGAACACGCUGCUGAGGAUAAUAUGGCGCUAAAAAAUAAAGAACGCCUAAAAUGUUUAGAGUCAUUAGGGUUAGAAGAAGAUGCAACCGAGGAUGAAAUUAAGAGAGCUUAUAAAAAUUUAGCACUGAAGCAUCAUCCAGAUAAGAACCCUGAUAAUGCAGAUGCCACAAAAGUUUUUCAAGAAAUAAGUGAAAGUUACUAUCUUCUCACAACAAAAUAUGCAAAAGACAAAAGGAGGAAAAUCCACGUCUGUAAAAGUUGUGGUAACAUCCAUUACAUGGACAGCGAUGAUGAAGACUUUUACGACGAUUAUGAUGACCAAUACUUUGAAAAUGAUGAUGAUGAUGAUGAUUAUUACGAUAACUUACCAUGCGAUGAUGAUGAAGAAUCAGUACUAUGGUUUUUCGGGCGAUUGUUCUAUGAUGUUUUUGCAGACUUUGUGUUUGAGAGACGAUUUCAGUCCAGUAAGAAGAAGUCAUCCAAAUGGACGGCUGAUGAGAAAGAGGAGGAUAGCUUUUUUGAUUCCAUUUUCAAGAAAUAUAGACCACCACAAGAUGUUGAGCUGACUGAAGAAGAUCUGAAGAAAUUUCAUUCCUACGAUGAAUGGUUGAAAGCUAGACAUCCUUCAAAAAGACACAACCACAGGAUGCGGAAAGGAAAGAAGAAAGCAAACCAGAAUCUUCUUCAGAAACCCAGACCUAAGAGUAAGAAGCAGCUGCUGGCAGAACAGAAGAGACGGGAACAGGAAAUGAGAGAAAUAGGACAGACACUUUUACCAAAAAUGGAGGAGAAGCAAAUGAAGAAAUCUACAGAAAAUAUACCAUUAUUGGUGAAGUUGACAACGGACGACCAUUCUGAGGAGGUAGAGAACCAGCACAAGAAAAAUUUCCAGCGUAAACAACAGGAAGAAGAGAAACUUCAGCUGCUGGAAGCACAGGAACGACAGAAAAAUAAACGGCAGCAACGCAAAGACAUGAAAGAGAAGAAAAAGCAGUUACGUCAGGAAGCUGAAAAGGUGUUACAGGAGAAAAAGUUUUCUAAUCCCGCCCCCAAAAGAAAAAAGACUGAACUGGAACUUCACGAAGAAAAGCAGACCAGCUUGUUUGGAAAUAAGGACAUCAACAAAGAAAAUGUGCUAGUUGAUACAAGAAGAGCUGAAGAACACGAAACCAAAUCCUCAAUACUGGGAAAACAUUUCAGUGAUAUAGGAAAUUUAUGUGCUACUUCAAAUAAUACUGUCAAUAUUACCCAGAAUUCCCAGUCCAACAAUGCCAAUACUUUAGAUCCAUUCCCAGAUAAAACCAAAAAGAAUGAUCUUGAAAAUCCUAGUGCUAAACCCAAAAUCUCCAAUCAGCAAGGAGUUGUGACAAACCAACCAAAACAGACAGUCAGACCAGCAGGGAAGAAUCAACCAAAAGACACUGAGGUGAAGUCUAGUCUACUACAGCGCCACCUACAGGAGUUUAAUGAUUUGCUAAAGGUUCAGCCACAGAGGCACACGGAACAGCAGCUAAAGGUCGAGAGGGCACGGCAGAGGGAGGAACAGCAGCUGAUACAACAGCGGGAGCUAGACUCCCUCAGGAGUAGACACACAGAACAGUUUGUACCUCCGAGUCUGACAGAUGUGGGUAAAGAGUCAACAGGGAUGGACAUCUCAGUUCAGGAGGAGUUUGAGAGGAUGAGGAAGGAGCACAUACGUAAACAGCAGGAACUGGAGAGGAAGAGGAAUGAGGAGGAGGUCCAGGAACUCAAGACUUAUAGGAAGAGGCAGAAGUGGAAAGAACUACCAGUGGAGUCUACCCAGAAGUGGUUUGAGAGAGACAUUGUGAAUCGAGUCCCACCUCCAAAAGUCCAAGAUCCCCCAGCACCCAGUAUUAAUGUAUGGCAGCAGAGGAACCUACGACAGCAGCAGGUGACCUCACUGAGACCGAGGACAACACAGGAGGAGGAGGAGAUUCUGAAACAGGUGCUCCUCCUGAGUGAGAAGACAGCAGCUCAAGAGGAGGAGCAGAGGAGGUACCGAGAGAUCAUGGCAGUGAAAAACUUCAUACCAGAGCAGUUACAGAAGGGACUGGAAAGCCCAUCAUUGACAGAGGUCAACAGUUUUAUAGAUGAUAGAGGGAAGAAAAAGAUGUCCAGUAAUUCUGAUCAAGUCUCCACCACUAAAGGACAGAGAACAACAGAAGUGAAGAAGAACCAGGAGGUUCCUGUCACAAAACUUGAUAAACAAGCAUCAAAUCAGGGGGUAAAAGGUUCUGCUACCAUUGUAACAACUAAAGAUCCCAGGCCCACAGAUUUGCAAAAGAACCAGGGUGUCCAACCAUCAACAAAGCUUACUAAACCAGUGGCUAAUGAUAGCAGUGGAAAGAAUUUUACUUCAGGCAGUGCUACCAAAAACCAAAUGACUACUGGAAUACAAAACAACAAUGAAGUUAAAACAUCAACGGAACCCAGUAAACCAGUGGCAAAAGCGGGCCCAAUAAGUUUUGCUAAAGCUGUUACUACCAAAAUGCAAAACAGCAAAAAAGAAGUUGAGAACAUCUGGGAAUCUGUUCCAAACAAAAAACCAAAAAGCAGUUUUCUGUCAGGUGAUAGACCAAAGUUAUACACAGAGGAGGAAGCCCCAGAGAGACCUGUUCUAACUACAAACUAUGCCAACCUCAUACCUCCACCCAGAGUCCACAUCUCCCCUCAGAAGACAGAGAAGGAAUCCUGGGAUGACGAUGGCCAGUAUCUGUACGUGUCCUCCAAACUACCCACCACUGCCAGAGAGUGCUACCGGUGGCAGACCAGCGCCAAAGUCGUGAUGUCUGCAAACGAAAACAGGAACAAUUCCGCCCAUCCCAGUGCUUUGGAGCAAGAAUCAAAAACAUUACCUUGUAAGGAAAACAGCUCAAUUGAAAAGAAAAAUGAUGUAAAACUGAAUCAAACUGAUUUGAAAAGAAAUAGACCUGAUAUGCCUAGGUAUGUGCCUGGAAGUGGAUCUUUAAAACCUAGUGGCAAGAAAGAUGUAAAUGGAAAUAUUAAGGAAGAAAAAGACCAACCAGCUUUGGCAGAAAGUACCCAGUUGGAGAAGGAAGAAAGUACACAGAAGGCUAGGAACCCUUGGUCCAAUAAGGCCAUUGAUCAUCAAUCUGGUGAUCCAAGACCUAAUGCUGAGUGGUCAGAAAGCAAGCAAUUCCCACUGAAAGCAAUCAAGUCUACCUCUAGUGACAGAAUUCCUGCUCCUCUACAAAACCCAAUUCUUGGGAAAGCUUUCCUGAGCCAGAAUUUGAAAGAGCCAAUUUUAUCACAAAUUAGUGCCAAAGCCAUGGCACCCUUACAGAAUAAUCUUCAGGGUUCCAAUCUCCAGGGUAAUUCUCAGAAGAUGGAGGAGUCAACAGGCCAGAGAGCUGGAGCAAUGACUGCACCUUUGACAGCUGGAGGGGCCUGCACUUUGUCUCAUGUUAAGGUUAAAGAAGAACUUGGCCCUUCUCUUCCUGCCACCCUGACAGUCAAUUAUCAAAAUAUUGAUGAUUAUUGGAAUGUUUCCAAUAUUACAAGAAAAACUGAGCAAAUCAAGAAAGAAGCAGAGGUUAAGAAGUCACCUGACUCAUUGUCAUCAUUACAUGGUACACAGGACAAGUCUUCCAUCCAAUCAAGAGAGACCACAAAGCCUCUGAACCAAUCAGAAGAGAAGACUGAAUCCUUGAUAGCUUCACUGCAACGGAAGGCAUAUCAGAUGACCACUUCUAGCAGGGGUUCCUCUGGUGCUGUACGUGACGACUGGGCUAUUCCUACAAAACAACCAAUCAAAACUGAGAAACCUAACAGUCCUUCUGAAUUUUUUAUAUCACCAGAAAAGGUUGUAAGUGAACAGACCAGUGCAGCUGUUGGUGCUGCAUCACACUACACAGUGCCACCAGUUUUGCCAUUUGUCCAAAACAAAGAAAAGCAGACGACAGCAAUGUCAGACAAAAUUGUGCCGAAACAAGAGAGCUGGGAAGAUGAAAUAUCUGCACCUAUUAUCAGCAAAGAAGCAAAGAACAGCAACCUACCAAAAACUGAAAAGAUCAAAGUGCAAACUGUUCAAGAUGGAGCUGAAAGUGAUGAAAAAGUAUUGCAACUACCUCCAAAGAAAAUGUCAAGCAUGUUCAACAAGAUGGCAAAGUUUGGCAUCAGUCCAAACCCCAUUAAAAAGGAAAAGACCAGUGAAAGCUCUCCCACUUCUCUGCCUACAUCUGAUGCAGAGGGGAGUCAGGAACCAAAACCUGAGAGACCUGGCUACAGACAGCGACCAAUGAAACUGGUGUCCAAACCCUCCAAAACUUUCGCAGAUACAGUCAAGACAGAAGACAAAGCUGAGGAGAGUCCACAAGCAAAGAAAACUGAGGUUGAAGAGCUGGAUAGUUUAGGACUCAAUUUUGAUAAAAUGUCUUUGGUGGAUAAUACUUUAAGUUCUCCAACACAAGAAAUGUCACAGUCACUGAAAGACAAUGGAGUCGUUUCCUCUGAUUCUAGGCCUCCUGUAGUGAAUGUACAAGACAGUGUAGCUCCGAAACGUCAGAAACCACAGGACGCCAGCUUAGCUCAGACAACCAGCUCCAAAGAUAAGGAGGAUUGGGAGAGUGAACUUAUCACCUUACCCACAAAGAGUGGUCCUCCAACUCGAUCCAAUGCUGCGGCAGAGAACUUCUUCAAAGAAAAGAUGAGGACUGUCAAAAAAGACAGUUUCGAGCAUAGAUUGCCUGUGUUGAAGAGCCUGACAAAACAUGAGGAAGACUUGAAAAAUUACCAGACUUCUGAACCACAAGCUUCAGCAUCUAAUGAUCAGAAUGAAGAACGUUCUGUAAAUGGGGACCAAUUCAAAGAGAGAAUUACCAGCGAACAGCAUUCCACGCAAACGACAUUUCCAACUCCAGCAGUUAAAACAACACACCAAGAACUUCCCACUUCAAUUUUCAAUCAUGUCUCUUCAACUUUUGCUUCAUCAGAAACUUCCAAGUCUGUUCAGUCAUACUCAAUUCAAUCUGGACCCACAGGUACAACUUCUAAUCAUAGGAACAUUGAUCAUGUCAGCCCAGAACCAGUCAACUCUGUCAUUGAUUUAACAAACACACCAGAAAGGAACAUGGCUUCGAUGAAAACAGAACCAUUCAUUGAUUUAACAUACACACCAGAAAAGAGCCAGGACACCUUUCCCCCAGGUUUGCACCUUCCCACUGCUGAGAAUUCCAAUACCAUUCAACAGCCAUCAGGUGUUGCUUCAGCAGAUCCCAUGGGUAUCCCAAACCUUGGUUUACCUCUGUCAAUGCCACCACACCUUGUUCAGGCUUAUAUGCAGUAUCUUGCCACAGCAGGUGGUGCACUAGGUGGAGGAAUUGGGAUGUUGCCAAAUUUACCUCUCCUCCCAGGGAUAGCACCACUUCUGUCUCUGGGGUUGCCAAAUCCUCUGUUGCCAAAUCCACUUCUCCCUAUGAAUUUUAUGGGGCUACCUACACAGCCUCUAGUUGAUCCUUCACAGGGUGUAAAUCAACCUCAAACACAUGCUGGGAUGUCUGAAAGUCAGCCACAAUCACACAACAACCAGCCUCAACCUGUUCAACCACAGUCUCAUGAUCAGCCUCAACUUGAAAAUCAGCCAAAGCCAAAUAGUCAGCCUCAACCUGAAAUUUGGCCACAGUCACAUGGUCAGCCUCAAUCUGAAAUUCAACUGCAGUCACAUGGUCAGCCUCAGCCUGAAAAUCAUGAUAACUAUGGAAAGCCAUUCCAGACAUCUGCCAACCCACAGACAACAAAUCAGGGUUUGUUCCACACUCAGUCAGGUUCACAAUUUCAGCAUUCCAAGUCAAUGUCAACCAGGGAGCAUAUGCAUAAUUUGGGGCUUCCACAACCAAAUAAUUCAAUGGCUGAUGAAAAUAAACCACAAGGUUUAAAUGCAGCACAGAUGAGGAACACCACAAAACCAACCACAGAAUGCUGGGAUUCAGAUGAAGCUCCUGUUACCAAAAAGUCGUUCAGAAUGCCAUGUAUAGACAGUCAGAGGCAAGAUGCUUUCUCAAUGAGACAACAAUCUUCUAAAGAAGAUAACCAAAAAGGUAUUCCCACAAAACAUCAUGAUGAACCUGUAUCAGCUAAAAUGGGGCAAUUUACACACAGUUAUUCCAAACCCGUUUCUACAGACGGUGAAGAGAAUCGGUGGCAUGGAGGAAAAAGCCUGCCAUUUAGAAGUGUGUUUGAUGAGAAGCCACCAGUGACCAAACUUCCGGAGAGUCUGGUGAAGAGGAAGGAACAGACGCGUACGGUGCAGGCCCUGAUCCAGCAUGUCCUGAAAGAAAACCAGGAGGGAAAAAAGGCUGAUUUGCUUUCCUGUAACAUGGAUAGAAACUGAUUUCACCUCCCAGCAAAGAAGAGAAGAAGAUCCAUUGGUUAAUGCAUGUGAUUGGACAUAUAUGGAUUUCUCUCCCCUUUUCCAAAAGAGACAUUAGCAUUUUAUACAAUAUGUGCUUUUACCUGCCAUGGAUUCUUUUGUCUAAAAAUAUUUACAUUUGCUUUUCAUGAUUUUGUUCAACAGAUAAAUUGUGAUUAUGCUGAUUAAUAAUGUUUAUGAAAUUUAGAUAGAUUUACCUUUUGCCAAGGUCCUAUACAAUGUCAUGUAAAUCUAUGCAGUGUAUCACUACAGUUUAUUACACUUCAAUUGUUUAAAUCUCAAUUAGAGUUUUUUUAUGCUUUUGAUGAUAUCUAAAGUUUUUUUUUCGAAUCAGCCUAUUUCUCUCACAAAACAAUUUUAUUUCAAUUAUUCUAAGUAAAAAGAAAUUACCUCCUAGUUUAAAAGUUGAUCUCAUGAAUUUACACACUGUUGGGUUACAUUUGGUUACUAGAAUUUUGAUUCUCUGAUAUUUGAAAACAAAUUAUUUUUUUCUUUGUUUCUGUAUUACAUUGAAAUUGGGUAUUAUGCAGUAUUAAAUAUGUGCCAGUAUUCUAUUGUGCCAAGAACAUUUACUCCGGUAUAUAGCAGCAUUGUAGUGCUUUAGCUUAGAUCUGUAGUGCUUAAUAUUCAUUGUUAUUUUUUUUAUACUGAAUGUGUUGUGAUUUAAUUUCAAUAAAGUUCUAAAUUUUGCUACAACGGACAUUAAGAGAUUGGAAAAUACAUAUAACACAUAUUAAUUAGCUCAGUGAAUUGUUCCACUAUUUUUUUUUUAGCCAUUUGCAUUAGGGUUUUCACUGUCCAUCUGCCAGUGGAUGAUUCUCCUUUGUAGUGAAUGAACCUUGAUAAAGCCUUUCUCUUUGAUUUUUUUUAAAUAAACUGCAUCUAUCUGUUUAGGGGUAUUUGCUUGAAAAUAACUAGAAAUGUGACUUGCAAAACUAUAAUUUCUUAAAUGAUAGUUAUAUUAUUUCAGUUCAGUGUUUUAAAUGUAAGACCAUGUCAACUGUUUUAAUUUCUGAUUGAAGCUGUUGAUUUUUUUGUUAUUCCUCAUUCAACAUGUUUCCAACCAAUGUGACCAAACCAGUCAUGUCCAAAUUUACAUAGUCAAGUAUUAGAUAUGAAGGCUUUUGUAUUAUUUGCGGGUUGUACAUUUGUUUAUUUUUGUUUUUUAAAUAAAUUUUAUCUUUAAAAA